AUGCCUGGCAUUAGAGGAGCAGCUGGUGGAGGACGACGAAAGAGAGGAAGACCACCAUUAAGACGACACUCUGCAAGACACACCACAAGCGAUGAGGUUGCUGAUCAAGAAGCACAGCAUGCCAGUGACGAUAAUACCGAUCACGACGACACGCGACGUACACGAUCUACACGUAAGCGGCCGCGAUCAGGUCGUCGCAGUGCAACACCAGCCAAUGACGAUUCCGAAACGAAACGCCGCAAAGAAGAAGCUAUCAAGCAGGAGCAGGCUGCGUAUGAAAGCGAGAAGGAUGAGGAUGGUGAACAAAAGGUGGAUAAAGAAGGAAGAUUACAAGGAGGAAGGGAAUACAAGGUGCCUACAUUUACGCUUCCUACACGUGGAGAUCAAGUGUUUAUGUUUGCCAUGGAGCCUGCUCGUUUAUUGAAUUAUCGCGACAGUUAUUUAUUCUUCCACAAGAAUCCAGAGUUGGAGCGUGCUCGUUUGACAGAGGAUGAACGCAACUGGCUUGUCGAUCAACGUUUACUUGUUCAUUGGUUCCGCAACCGUGAUGUUGCUGUCGUCAGUGCUCGCUCAUGCUAUAAGAGAUUUGGUCAUCGCGUGGUCAAAAAGGGCCGUCGUAUCAUUGAUGAUUACUUUGAAGCACGUGCACGAGAGGAGGGUAUCCCUGAAGGUGAAGAGGAGGAAUCCGAAUCAGCAGCAGCAGCAGAUGGAAUGACAUCCAUGGGUCGUCGUGCUCUUAUUUCACGUUCAAUUCGUUCAUCUGAUUAUUCUGCCAACACACCCAUCACCAAUUCCACUUGGAUGCAUCACGCCGCCCUUGCUGUUCGUGGAUUCAAUGCACAAUUACAUGAGCGUCGUGCUGAAAAGGCGGGUUUCUAUGACAUCCAUACAAACAUCCAACAAAUCGCUGCAUCCACUCAGCCUACCCAUUGCAACUUUGAAUGCGUCGACUCGAGCAGCAAAAAGGAAUUCAAUGUGAGCGAUUUGCAGUUUGAUGAGAAACCAGCAUCAUCGGUUGUGCGUGGCAUUGGCAGCGAUCUACUGGAUUAUGAUAUUGAAAAAGUGCUUGAGUCGGUUGCCGAUCAUGAUGAUACCAGAGAAUUGGUCAAAGCAAGGAUUGAUGCCCUCAAGGUUGAUUUGGAACCCAAGGCUGUUGAUGAUGACGAUAAGAACUAUCCAAUUGCAGUCAUGGAUGGCCAAUAUCAAGGUUCUUUCCCAAUCCAUUACACGAGAUUCAAACAACAAGAUCCUAAGCUUGCACCACCCUCUGCCCUUACGUCUACAGCUCAAUCCAUUAUUGCACAGCAACACUAUUUCAGUCAAAUGUACCAAAUCAUGAACCAAAGCCUUGCAUCUUACAAUGAUCAGCAACAACUUCAUCACCACCAGCAACCCAUGCAUCAUCAACCGACGCCAACGCCACCGCCACCACCUCCACCACAACACCAUAUACAGACACCACCAUCUGCACCUAUACAACCUCGACCCAUGAUGCAUCAUGCACAACCCUCACCACCCAUAUCAUCACAGCCACCAAGCAGGCAACCUAUUUUGAGAGUGGUACCACCCGUAGAACGACGUACAUGCUCUGUUGAAUCUUGCAAACAACCAGUCAUGUUUCCUGGAGAAAGAUGCCAAUUACAUGCAAGUCAAACUGGCACACCGCCCCAACACCCCAUUAUACAACGUGGACCGCCACCGGCAACAACCUAUGCAGACAACAAAUGUGGGGAAUGUCAUUAUCUUAGUGCACCUUCUGAACAAUUAUCCAAGGAUGGCAAAGACGCUUGCGAUGCUUUCCACAUGAUCAAAUGUGCCAAAUGUACCCGAAAGUACCACCCUGCUUGUGUUCAUCUCAAGACGCCAAGACAAGUAGCAGCAGCUGAAUCAUAUCCAUGGGCAUGUGCUGAAUGCAAGAUUUGUUGUGUAUGCAAGAGUGCAGGUGAUGAAUCCAAGUUGAUGAUUUGUGAUGAUUGUGAUCGAGGAUGGCAUACCGAUUGUUGCAAUCCACCCGUGGAGAAGGUACCUGAAGGAUCAUGGUUAUGUCCACUCUGUGCCGAUUGUCAUGGAUGUGAUGAGCAUGGCAGUGAGAAGGAAUACAAGCAUGCCGUCGUACCACCGACCGCCGAUCGCAACAAGUAUCCAAUUUACCUCGCCACAUUCUGCAACAAGUGUCACAACAACUUUGAGAACGAUCGCUAUUGUCCAGUGUGUUUACGAACCUUUUCAGAAGAGGAGGACAAUGAUGACGAGGACAAUGAAAUGGUGGCAUGUGACCAAUGCGACCAUUGGAUCCAUACGGGCUGUGAUGAAACAUUGACGCCUGAGCGGUACCAAGCUUUAUGCGACGAUGAAGAUGCAAAGUACUUGUGCCCACUUUGUGCAGAUAGUGUCAAGCCAAUUCAUCAAACAACAGCCGCCACAAUGGCACUCAAAAGUCAAGCACCCCCUAGUGGUGUCACCGUUGGUAUUGUGGGUGGAAAGGUUCGAACGCGUGGUAUUGUGCGAUACAAGGAUCACAAGAUUGCUGCACCGGAGAUCAAUGGCACUGGCAUAGCGGAAAUGCCUUCUUUAUCGUCCAAAUGA